CGUGUGUUCGUUCAAUUCGAACCACGAUGUUCAGAUCGGUAGCGACUGUCUUGUUCGUAUCUCAGGUGCAAUGUAUUCUCCCGCCUGCCAUCCUGGAGACGAUAUAUCACUUCGUUUUCCCUUUCUGGACAACGUCCUACGACUUGGUUCCGGACGAGAGGAUCCCGUCCAUUGAGUACGAUUUUAUCGUGAUAGGUGCCGGUUCAGCGGGCUCCGUGGUGACCAAUCGUUUAACGGAGAACCCAGAGUGGAAGGUGUUGCUGUUAGAAGAGGGUAAAGAUGAGAUAUUCCUCACAGACAUACCCCUGUUGGCCUCGAUUCUGCACAUCACGGAUUAUGCUCGAUGGCAGAGAAGCGAACCGAGGCCCCAGAAUCCGGACGGUAGCGGUGGUUAUUGUCUGUCGAUGAACGACGGUCGUUGCAACAUGUUCGGGGGUAAAGCGGUCGGUGGCACCUCGGUGGUGAAUUUCAUGAUAUAUUCCAGGGGAUCGCCGAGAGAUUACGAUAACUGGGUCGCGCAAGGCAAUCCUGGAUGGAGUUAUCGAGAGAUACUGCCAUACUUUACGAAGUCCGAAAAUUGUAGACUCCUGGAUCAAGACGUUAGAUUUCAUGGCCACGGAGGAUACCUGGACGUCACGACUGCUCCAUACAGCUCGCCACUGAAAGAAUGCUUUCUCCGUGCCGGCGAUGAAUUGGGAUAUGAUGUAAUCGAUUACAAUUCGGACAGGCUGAUCGGUUUCUCCUCGGUACAGGUUCAUCUACGAAACGGUCACAGGGUCAGUGCCAAUAAAGCGUUCUUGAGGCCUAUCCGCGAUAGACCGAAUUUCCAUCUGUCGAAAUUAUCGAAAGUGACGAGGAUCGCGAUAAAUCGAAAUACGAAAACCGCGGUGGGCGUGGAAUUCGUUAAAAAUGGGCAAAAGCUGUUCGUUUCCGCCCGGAAAGAAGUGAUACUUUCAGCAGGUGACUUUUCAAUAUUCUAUCAAAGAGAUUUUAGGUACGCUAUUCCAGUUGCGUCUGCAUCUCUGAUUCGUAUAUCUACUCAUGUUUAUUCAGGCACGUUGAAUUCGCCGCAGCUAUUGAUGUUGUCCGGGAUAGGAUCCAAAGUGCAUUUGCAGUCGCUGGACAUCGAGGCGAUCGAGGAUCUUCCGGUCGGAUACAAUCUACAAGAUCACGUCAGCAUGUCGGCAUUGACGUUUCUCGUGAACGAGAGCGUGACCAUCGUCGAGCCUCGCCUCGCAUCGAAUUUGGCCAAUACAUUUGAUUAUUUCGCGAAGGGAACGGGUCCUCUGACCGUCCCGGGUGGGGCCGAAUGUCUAGCCUUUCUCAAUACCAAACGAGAUCAGCCGAACAAAGAAAAGAAAUCGCGAUCAAAUAAGUCUUUCUCGAAGGGACGUGGCAAUAAACCAGCGUCUUACUCUCCGAACGUCACUUCGAUCGUCGUGAAUUCAGAUAAGUUGAAAUCGUUUUUCAACCCGGCUUUGGAUAACGCGAAAACGAAAGGAAUCGACGUACCCGAUAUCGAAUUGGUUCUUGGAAUAAGCGCUCUAACCGGAGACAUAUCGGGCAGUUUCAGAGGACUCCUUGGUCUGACGGAUGAAUUUUACAAAGAGGUGUUCGGUGAUUACCUAGGUUUCGACGCGUUCUCCAUCGUCCCGGUACUUCUACAACCAAAAAGUAGAGGAAGAGUCAGUUUGAGGAGCUCUGAUCCGUUCGAUCAACCCAUUUUCGAGAUAAAUUACUAUGAUCACGAAGAGGAUCUCAGAACUAUGGUUCGAGGCAUUAAGAAGGCUAUAGAAAUCGCAUCGACCAAAGCGUUUAAACGAUUUAACGCGACUCUACUGCCGGUGGCCUUUCCAGGAUGCAAGGCUGUUCCAUUUAACAGUGAUUCCUAUUGGGUUUGCGUUGCUCGCCAUGUGACCACGACUCUGGGUCAUUUCGUAGGUACGUGUAGGAUGGCCCCGAGAGAGAAAUCGGGCGUGGUGGACCAUAGGUUACGGGUACACGGAAUUAACGGUCUGAGAGUGGUGGAUGCUAGUAUAAUGCCGACCAUAGUAAGUGGUCACACAAACGCGCCUGCUUAUAUGAUCGCUGAAAAGGCCGCGGAUAUGAUCAAAGAGGACUGGAAUCUCCUUGAUUCAUCUUAAAAUUCUUUCCAAAACAAAUAUAUUUUUGUACAAAUUCAUUAAUGUCUAUUUAAAAUAUCGUUGAUUCGUUAGGUAGCAGUAUUACAAUUAUUAUUUAUAUUAAUUCGCGUUUAAACGAUCGCAAAUAAAUAUCAACUUCUAAAACGAUUAAUCUGG